AUGGGCAAGGUUGGCUGGAUGAUUAAAUGUAAGGAGGGCUUACGAAUUUCUAGAUACGAAAACAACAACCAUGUCGAGUUAAUAGCCAUUGAGCAAGCGCUUGUGGUAGCAAACCGGCAGACAACGGCGGGAGAAAAUGCAGUGAAAGUCUUUACGGAUAGCCAAAGAGCUCUGAUAUGGAUUCAGGGAGGUACCGCCCAUACAGUUUUGACAGAGACGGUCAAGAGCAUUUACAAGCUCACAGAUGAGCUGACCGGAAAGGGCUGUGCGGUUGAGCUGCAUUGGGUGAAAGAACAUAAUGGCAACCUUGGUAAUGUUAAGGCGGAUCAACUGGCAGCUGCGGUUCGUGUCAAUUUCGACCGUGUUAUAAAGACCACCAAUGAGGUGACGGUGUGGCAGUUGCCAGAGAUCCUUGAGGGCGAUGCUCUCGUAGAAGACGGAAUGUGGAAUGCACACUGGAAUGACGAUCAGGUUGGAGUUGCUUGGAUUUGCCACACGAUGGAAGCCGAAAGCCUUCAAGUGGCCGACACGCCAUACCCCGCUCUGUGCCGUCGGGCUGGCCAAUCACGCGCCACUCCCAGAGACCGACAAUUCACUCUGGACGAAUCGGACUUGUCGGAUUAA